AUGUUAUCCGCAGGUGGUCUCAGGAGCGCCUGUCCUAGCUGUCGAGCUCGACUCUUGAGCUUGUCAGGUCAGCAUCUCACCGGCGCAUCUCUUGCGGGACGACCGACCCCUUCGAGCUACUCACGGCAAAGCAUCCUAGCUGCACCGCGAUCAGUGCUACGACCUACCAAUCGAAGAAAUCUUACGACAACCUCACGCCAACUUCUGGACUCCGAAUCGAAUGGCAAGGGGCUUGGCGACUUGGCACGUACUGCCGAUAUCGAAACAGUUGUUCGCGAGGCAAAACAGAGAUUUCGCGACACCUUGCCCAAGGGCUAUCUCACGGAGGAAGAGUACAGGCUAUACGAGCGAUGGUACGGGCCGCCGCUAAGGGAAACAUCACCGGAAGAUGUUGGAAUAGAGUAUCUGAACGAGGUGGUGUCUGAGGCCAGCGUGCGACGUGAUGGUUCUUCAGAGCCGGCCCUCCUUCGACAGGUUGAGGGUGGCGCAUACGAAGAGGUGUCGUACCCUCGGAAAGGAGCAGCAUCACAAACACCGAACAAGAUUCUCGGCGACAUCAUCGAAGAUAACAUCACAUCGGAUAUUUCAACCGAAGUCGAGCCCCCCGAGGAGAUCAAGCCCGAGGAGCGGGAAAACUACAUCAACAUUGUGGCGAGAAACAAGAGGGAGUACGAUGCGCUCAUGAAACUGCAGAAGGAUUUCGAGGCAAAUGCCCGUGCUUCUCAGGACAUGGAGAGAGCACAGGCGGAAGAGGAGGCGGAGGAUAUGAGGGACGAGGAGCGGGAGUUUGAUGAGGACGAGGAGGACUUUGAAGAGGGAGAGGAUGGGAUCCAGGACCAGGGGCUUUCCAAACGUUCGGGUCGCAUGCAUCCCCUUUCGAGAGAAGGUCACUUCUCGACAAACCCGAGCACGGUCAGCUUGCCAUAUGUUGGAUAUAUCGCACCUGUUACGACAAUGCUCGGCAGGACGGACAUCAAGCAUGUACAGGAGGCUGCGGAGAAGGCAUUCGGUGGCCCUGGCCUGCCCUAUUCCCCUGCAACGCCUGCUUCCAAGAUGAACCUACCUCAGCAGCCUGUCGGCAUGGCGGUCUGGCAAGCCAAGAUGUCAGACAUCGACGCCGAUGCGUUUGUGUCGACGUUCUUGCCACCCGCCUACGGAUCAGCCAUGGCCAGUCUGGUGGAGGUCCGCAAGCGUCUGGGUACGGACUGGAUGCGCAAGCUUUUCGAACGGGGCGACGGCGAGGGGCCCCGUGUUCUGGAUGUAGGCGGCGGCGGAGCUGGUCUUUUGGCGUGGCAAGAUGUUGUCCGCGCCGAGUGGGACGCCAUGAAGGCCCGCGGCGAGGUUUCCGGACGUAACCCACCCGGAAAGCAGAGCGUCGUCAUUGGUGCUGAAAAGCUGAGACUACGCGUUUCCAAGUUCCUGCAAAACACGAGCUUCCUACCUCGGCUGCCGGAUUACCUGCACUCCGUAGAGAACCAGCACUUGCACGUUGAUGCCAACGAGACGCCGCAGCCCAGGAAGAUGUACGACAUUAUCAUCGCGUCGCAUCUGCUGCUGCCCGUUAAGGAAGGCCACAGACGCAAGGCCAUUCUAAACAACAUCUGGUCCCUCCUCAACCCCGACGGUGGUGUUCUUAUCAUUUUGGAAAAGGGCCAACCUCGCGGCUUCGAAGCCGUCGCCGACAUACGCGACCGCUUGCUCGACGAAUUCUUCAUUCCUCCUGGAGGCGAGGAAAUGAAGAUUGACGACGAGGACCACAAGCCAACCUUUGAAAGAGUCAAGGAGCCGGGCAUGAUUAUCGCGCCCUGCACUAAUCACCGAAAAUGCCCAAUGUACCUCACGCCAGGCAAGAGUAAGGGACGAAAGGACUAUUGCCAUUUCACCCAACGCUUCGUCCGUCCCCCAUUCCUCCAAAGGAUCAUGGGCGCAACGCACCGAAACCACGACGAUGUGCAAUUUAGCUACGUCGCCGUCCAGCGCGGCGUUCCGGCCAAGGAGGGUCCUCUCGCGGGAGACCAAGCCACCAAGCGCGCAUUCGAGGGCUACGAGAAUUCCGAGACGGCACCCGACAUGCUCUCCCUGCCCCGCCAGAUCCUCCCGCCCAUCAAACGCCGCGGACACGUCACCCUCGACGUGUGCACGCCCUCUGCGCACAUUGAGCGGUGGACGGUGCCCAAGAGCUUCAGCAGACAGGCGUACCACGACGCGCGGAAGGCGAAAUGGGGAGACCUGUGGGCUCUCGGGGCCAAGACACGCAUGCGCCGCAGUGUGCGACUGGGCAAGGCCGAGAUUGAAGACGACGGUGGCGUGAGAGCUCAGCGGGCGAAGGCGGCGAGCAGCAAGAAGGAGAAGGUGGUCGAGGUUGGCAUCAACGAGCGCGGUGUCAUUGGUAACCCCGACACCCUCGCCAAGGGACAGCAGGCCAGACGGAAGGGCACGAGGCAGAGCACUCUCCAGGAGUUGAAGAAGCAGAUGCAGCAAGAGGAGUAG